AUGUAAAGGACUGAUGUUUUAGCUAACAGAACAAACAUUUUAAUUGUCUUUUUAAUUAUCUGUUUCCUUGUGGCAUUUUAUGGAAGACAAUCAUCGGAGUAUCAAACAAUAUCAGAGCGUUAUGAGCCUGAAGUGACAGAAUCAGAAAUUCGAUAUUAUUUGGAAAAUGAAUUUAAUAUUAAUGAUAGUGAUCAAUUUGGUAUUCAAACCAUAUAGGAUUGGUUACCUAUCUAAUCUGAAUUAGCCCACCUCAAUUUGGCAUUGGAGUAUUUUUCACGCUUAAAUUUGGAAAAACUCUUGAAUAAACAAGCCUUAUUGGAGGAGGAAGUUAAUUUAUGUUUGAAUUUACAUUUGAAUUAAGAAUUAGAAAAAUAUGUGAAUGAAAUUAAUUAAAGUCAAAUAAAUCAAACGAUCAAUUAAGAUGUACUUGUAAAUUACAAUACCUUGUUUGAAAAAAAAAUCUCAUUAAAUGAUGGAAUAGCGCAGAAAAAAACUGAAUUGGAUACAUUGUCAUUUGAAGAGAAAGAUUUGAAAUAGCUUACAAUCCAAUUUUAAUUAAAAGAAUUCGAAACUAUUAAACUAACAAACAAAUAGAAAUAAUUUCAAAAACAUACUGAUGAUAUUGCUUAGUUGGAAUAAGAAAUAAAGGAACAUAAUGAAAAAAGGAUAAUACAUUUGUCGGAAUUAAAAAAUUAAGAAGAUUUAACAGAAGAAUAUAAAAAAGAUUAAGAAUUGGCUAAAAAUAUGAGUAGACUCUUCAAACCUGCAGGUACAAAAUCUGUAGAAAUUCAUGAUGAAAAAUUGGGAGGAAUUGUUAAUGUGUUAGAUUAAAACAUUAAAUAAUAUAAUACUACUGAGGUUUUCUUAAAUGGGUUGAAUUUUCAUAGGGAUAUUGAGUAAAAUUAUUUAGAAAAAAUUGAAAAAACCAUUUCAAAAUGUUAGAUGUCUUUGGACAGUAAAAAGAAAGAAAAGGCCAAAUUGGAACAAGAAAUUGAAGAUUUAGAAAGAUAAAAAAAAGAAAAAAAUGAAGUUUAUUUGAAUGCAGUUCACAGAUUAGAAGAAAUAAGAAGAAGACAAAAUGAUUUGAGGGAAUAAACUUAAGUUGAAAAAAAAAUGUUGGAUUAGGUUAUUUAUGAAUUAAAGUAUUACCAUCCAUAAAGCGAACUUUAAAAUAAUGAGAAAAUCGAUGCGUAAAAGAAAUUUAAAGAAUAUUUAUAUUAACAUUUGAGAGAGGAUUAAUUAUGCGUUGAGAAAUGUAUUGAAUACGAUUCUCUAAAUCAAUAAAUUAACAUUGCAAGAUAUAAAAUUUCUUUGAAAUCAAUUUAAAAGCAUUUCUCAGAAUUGGAAUUGAAAUUUAAGGAAUUCAAAAUUUGA